AACAAGUCUUUCAGAAAAAUCUUUGCAAUUAGUGCAAAAGUUUAUUGCUGACAAAUUGAUCAAACUAUAAUUUAAACAUUUGAGCUUUUUCAUCAUAUUAUAGAAUAAAUUGAAAUAAAAUAUAAAAAUCGGAUCAGUGUAUUAGACGUAUGUGAAUCUGUUUAAAUCGGACAAUCCCACAUGAACGGAUCACUGAGUCGUCCCAUCCAUCAGGUACAUCACAUCCCUAUCCUGAAGGAUGGACUCAUCAUCACCAACCAGGAACAUGCACCGGAUUUCAACAACAACACCUUUUAUGAUUACAACAACAAUCCAAAAAGUAGUUUCAGAAACACCAAAAAUGACUCGCUGCUGAUUCAGGAUAAUUCAUUUAGGCGAAAUGGCUAUCAGAAGUAUCAACAACAACAACAGCAGCAACAACAGCUGCAACAACAGCAACAACAACAGCAACAGCAGUUGGAACUUCAAAAGCAGCUUUGGGAAUUGCAACAGCAACAGAAACUACAGCAGCAAAAGAUUCUGGAACAAGAACAACAAUUGAUACAACUAAAACAACAAUCAUCUCCACAAAUUCUGCAAAACUACCAACAACAAAAUCGACUAGAGAAAGAGCAAAAACACAGCCACCCACACAACUGCAUGCCGUGCAAAGAGUUCAAUCCAUUCCCAGACAAGCUCGCAACCAAAAACCUGACAACAAACCAGAUGAAAAUUACAUUAAAAAUAGAGUUUGAAAAGAAAAAUUUACAAUUUGAAAAUAGUUUGCUAAACACUCUGAGAGACUCCCGUAAAUAUUCUCGAAGCAAACCAACAGUUGUCACCAGCAACAACGUAACAAACAAUCGCAUGAGUUACGAUGCUUCGGACAGCAACGAUGAGUUAGAUUCCAUCAACAAACUUGAGGGGAACAAAAGUUCCAAGAGCUACCAGGCCAAGAAACCUCCAUUUGAUACUUUGAAAAUUCAACCGCCUUCCUACCAGAAUUAUUCAUUAUCUUCAAUUCCAACUUUUCAACCAAAUCCCCAAAACAACCUCAACAGUAGCAGAAUUAAGAAGGAAAGUUUCGACAAUGUCGUCAAGCCUGGUUUGCUACAUACCCGUUCGAAGAGCAUGCUUGUCCAGCAAAGCCCCAAAUCAAAUGUGACCUCUGCAUUCAACGAAAGUGUCGAACUGAUUCCAAUAAAGCUCAAACAUCUGGAGACCUACGUGCCUCGACUGACGGUGCAGGACAACAAAGCAUCAACUCAACCCUCAAGGAGCAAAUCAUUAAUAAGAGCCAACGCUUUAGAUGAGACCACCUUCGAUAAAUCAAACUUGGUGAAGAAGGUGUCAUUGGAGAGGUCGGUGGUUGAAAACAAACCAUUCAGAAGUCCUCAGGUAUCUGAGUCGUCAAACGUAGUUGGAAGUAACGUUUACGAGAGUACCAACGUGAACGAACCGGUAAAAGACAGUAACGAAUUCUCAUGGUACAGACCAAAUAUGACCAGAGAUGCUGCAAUUGCCUACCUGCUGAAAAAGCCAAGCGGAUCAUUUGUCGUUAGGAACAGUUCAUCGUAUCCCGGUUCGUAUGCUCUCGUCAUCAAGGUUGAUCCCGUUCACGGAUCCAAGGAGCAAACAAAUGAGAACGACGUGAAUAGCGUGCGUCACUUUCUCAUUGAAACCUCGCCAACCGGAGCCAAGCUGAUGGGUUACAAAACUGAAGUAGAGUUCGAUAACUUGAAAGCCCUGAUUGAUUAUCAUUCAAAAACUCCACUGGCCCUUCCGUGCCGUCUGCUUCUGCCAUCAAAUACUCAGUCGCUGGAAGCCUUACACGUCCUCUCUGUACCCGUUGAAGUGUCAUCUGACAUAAUUGCCAUAAACAGGACAUUCGAAAUUUGCGUCACCAAUAUCUGCAGCAUUGGAUUGUCCAGAGUGAAUCUUAACACAAAUAUUAACGGCAUUCAAAUAGACUCUGAACAGAAAAUCACACAUUUGAAGAGGUUCUAUCCGUACGAUGACAUAACGUACUGUGGAGUUGAUCCUCAAUUGAAAAGAUUACCUAUUAGUAAGGAGAUCAACUCUCGAAGCAAUGGAUACUUACUGUUCGGGUUUUUGGUAAGAGGAAGCAGCGAAGGUGACGAAUGCCACGUUUUUGCCGUCAAUGACGACCACCUCCCGCUCUUUAUUGAAACUGUUAACAAAAACUUAAAAUUUGUCUGAGUUUCAUUUUUAAACUGACUACAUAUAAAUUGAUCUAAUGCUUGCUGCUUCUUAAAUGUUAUUAUUAAUAAACGUUGAUAUUAAUUUUUGUACAUACAUUCAUAAAUGAAUUUGUUAUUUGAAUGUGAAUUUAUUACAUUUUUAUGUUAACAAUUUGCUUGAUAUUUCAUUUUCUAUUUAUUUUUUAGAAGCUAAUUUACUAAUCUGAUGGAACUUCAGUAAACAAAACUUGGC